AUGUCUUCUACGACGACUUUUGCACGCCCCUCUCCAAAGAUAUCUAUUGCCAAGCUAUCCUUCCCGGCCCCUCGGGUGCUCCUGGUCAAGAUCUCACGCCCAACAGCCCUUAACGCCAUUGCCAUUUCAGGCAGCUGGGAGCUCGCCUCGCUUUUCGAAUGGUUCGACGAGGAGCCCUCGUUAUGGGUCAGUAUCGUGACGGGGGAAGGUCGUACCUUCUCGGCAGGUGCUGAUCUGAAAGCGUGGAAUGACGAGAUCGGGUCCGGCAGCUUUGGAGAAAUGCCAUCCUCGGGCUUCGCUGGCCUUUCGCGGCGUACCGGCAAGAAGCCCGUCAUAGCUGCAGUUAACGGCAUCGCAUACGGAGGAGGCUUCGAGGCGGUGGUCAACUGCGACCUUGUCAUUGCUAGUGCUACGGCAAAAUUCUGCUUUCCAGAGGUGAAGCGCGGCGUGGCCCCCUUUGCGGGAGCAAUGCCUCGUCUCAUCCGCACGAUAGGAAAGCAGCGCGCGAUGGAAUUGAUGUUGACGGGCCGCGUGCUUCCAGCCCAGGAGGCCAAGGAAUGGGCACUUGUCAAUGUGGUCUGUCCCGAAGGACGAGAUGUGGUCGAAGAAGCUCUGAAGUGGGCAAAGAUGAUUGCCGAAAACAGUCCCGAUUCAGUCAUUGUCACCAAGCAAGGAAUCAACUGGGGCUGGGAGGGCGUUGGCGCUGAUGAAGGGACUCGCAUCAGUAAUAGCCUAUGGCAUCAUAAGCUGCUGGCUGGAGACAACAUCAAAGAAGGGUUGCAGGCGUUCGUGGAGAAGAGAAAUCCAAAGUGGACUGAUAGCAAGCUGUGA